AUGAUUUUCGAGUUUCCAGAAAGCUCAAGGCGACAAAUGAUAGCUAUACGCGAAGUGAUGAAGGAUUUUAAUCUGACUCUAUGGUCUGGAGAUCCAUGCAUGCCUGCUGCUUACACUUGGGCCUGGAUCACUUGUGCCACAGGCAUAAUCCCGGCAAGGAUCACUGAACUAUAUCUGGAUAACAAUGCAUUAACAGGCCCAGUUCUAAGUUUUAGCUCCUUAAAAAACCUCACGGUCCUCGGUUCCAAGGUCGAAGCAUGCAAGAUGCCCGAGAAAAUCAUCGGCAAGAAGAAAAGUAAAACGAAAAUCAUAAUUGAAAUAGCAGUACCAUCUGUAGCGCUUCUGUUACUUUGGCAAUCGCACUCCACAGUCGCCAAACUCAAGCAUCAGAAAGUUCACUUCCAGAGAAGUGAUCUACACAACAAACAACUUCCAAAAGGUUGUGGGAGAGGGAAGCUUUAUUCUCUUAGUUGUGCACCACAGGAACCUGUUACAAGUCGCCCAACAUUAAGCUGGAAAACCAGGCUUCGAAUCCCCUUAGAUGCUGCUCAAGGCAUGCAGAAAGCUCGAAAGAGGCAACCUGCAAAGUGUGGCAGACCCCAAGGAGCAAGCAGCAUGGAGCUUGCAAUGAAGUGCGUGGAGCGUUCUUCCGACAGGAGGCCCAACAUGAGCAUGGUCGUGGCCGGGCUGAGGGAGGCCAUUCAGCUUGAUGAGGAGGAUGGAAGCUCUCUUGCACACUCUAUGCUUGAAAGAACGGGUCUCAACAUUGACACUUCAAAGUCCACUCUUUCUCCUGUCCACCACACUGAUGAAAAUGGCAUCAAUUGGACACCCGAUGACAGCUUUAUCACCAGCUCCUUGAAAGCGGGCACGGAUGCCAUCCUGCAGCGCCUUCGAUACUUUCCAGACACCUCCCGGAAGCACUGCUAUGCACUUCCGGUUUUGGUGGGAGAGAACUACAUCUUGAGGCCGUGGUUCUACUAUGACCGCCUGGAAUCAACUUUGGCAGAAUUUGAGAUUAUGAUUAGUGCAAACACAGUGGUUAACUUGAGCAUUAAAGGGCAGUCGACAUCGUAUUAUGAGUUUGUGGUGAAAGCCACGAACUCGACGCUGGAUCUGUGCCUCGGAACCCGCUCCGCCUCACCGGCAAACAUCCCAUUCAUCUCCGCGAUCGAGCUCAGAAGGCUCCCUCCUGGAAUGCGAGCAAACGCUUCGGAUUCCGGUGAGGUUUUGGUCAUGUCGAGAAGGAUCAACCUUGGAGGAGCUUCGGAUUCAGACAUCAGGUAUCCUGAUGAUCCCUACGAUCGGAUAUGGAGAGCUGAUAAUGGUUUCAGCAACAUGAGGAGCUAUCCGCAGAUUAGCACCAACGCAACGGGUUUUACGGACAAAACUUACAACAAGCCUCCUCCUGCAGUGAUGAGAACCGCCAUCACCUCCACGUCCGUCAUGGUUUUCGAGUUUCCAGCAAACCUCGAUGCAACAAAGUACUAUGUAAACUUUUACUUUGCUGAGUUUGGAAACAGCACGAGGGAUUUCGUGGUUCAAUUCAACAGAAGCUCGUUUCCCACCACACUGACUACGACUAAUGUUAGCCUCCAGCCUCAGACUUUUGUGCAAAUGUACUUUCCAGUUCCUCUGGAGCUCUCCAAUCCAACACCCUUCUCCUUCGUCCCAGCGCCGAACGGCUCAAUCCUGAAUGCGGCCGAGCUUUUCAAGUACAUGGGAGAUCUUCUUCCAGGAACAGAACCCGACGAUGGUCCGCCCGAUUGCCUUUUGUUCCUGAAACACCUCUGUUUGAUUUGCUUUUUCUUUGCUGCAACAGUGAUAGCGAUACGGGAAGUGAUGAACGAUUUUAAUCUGUCUGGAUGGUCUGGAGAUCCAUGCCGGCCUGUCUCUUACACUUGGAGAUGGAUCACUUGUGCCACAGGCAUAAUCCCGGCAAGGAUCACCGAGUUAUAUCUGGAUAACAACGCAUUGACAGGGCCAGUUCCAAGUUUUAGCUCCUUGAAGAACCUCACGGUCCUCGGUUCAAAUGUCCCAUUAUGCGCAAAGGUGCCCGAGAAAAUCUUCGCCAAGAAGAAAAGUAACACAAAAAUCAUAGUUGAAAUAGCAGUACCAUGUGUAGCGCUACUGUUAGUUGGAGCUGGAAUCGCAGUAUGCUUGAUCACCCGUCGGCCAGCAAGACGGCCAAAAGAACAGGGACAAGUGAACGUUAGUCCAGGUUUGACUCCACAGUCUCCAGACUCAAGCACCAGAAAAUUCACUUUCAGAGAAGUGACCAACGCAACGAACAACUUCCAAAAGGUUGUUGGCGAGGGAAGCUUUGGGCCAGUUUAUUAUGGACACCUUUCAAACGGCGUUGAGAUUGCAGUCAAGGUUUUAUCGAGCAACUCAAGGCAAGGCCACCAGGAAUUCAAGGCGGAGGGGUCGCAACUCAUGUUGGUCUACGAGUUUCUGUCAAAUGGAACUUUGAGAGAGCAUCUAUAUGGCACAGGUCGCCCGACAUUAAGCUGGAAAACCCGGCUGCGAAUCGCCUUAGACGCUGCUCAAGGAUUGGAGUAUCUGCACAGUUCAUGCAAUCAACACAUCAUUCAUCGAGAUGUGAAAACAACCAACAUACUUUUGAGCUAUGCCAUGGUUGCCAAGGUCAGCGAUUUUGGCUUGUCCAAACUUUACGAUAGGAAUUAUGCGUCGCAUGUUUCAACUGAUGUCAAAGGAACUCCGGGAUAUCUCGAUCCAGAGUACCAUUCCUACAGCAGGCUAACGGAAAAAUCAGAUGUAUACAGCUUUGGAAUAGUACUAUUUGAGAUUGUUUGCGCCCGUGAGCCCAUCAAAUCAUCGCUUCCAGAGGAUCAAGUCGUGCUCUCAAAAUGGGCAUGUAAAGAGCUCGAGAAGGGCAACCUGCGGAGUGUGAUGGAUGAAAGGCUCUCAGGCUACAAGGAGCAGGCAGCAUGGAAGAUCUUGGAGGUUGCAAUGAAGUGCGUGGAGCAUUCUUCUGACAGGAGGCCCAGCAUGAGCAUGGUUACGGCCGAGCUGAGGGAAGCGAUUCAUCUUGAGGAGGAUGGAAGCUCACUCUAUGGUAGCUUUUAA